AUGCACACUGCUGCAAACCAUCUCAGGCUAGCCGAAAGUGUGGGCCAAUCCCUCAAGGAUCUGAACAAGCACUACCAGGACUUGACAAAGGUCCAGGCAAAUGUCGCGACUGAAAGUAAGGCGGACGAGGUUCAGAGGCUUAAGAAGGAGGCUUUGCAAAUCUUCAUCCAGUGCACCAAGUCCGACCUUGCCCUCAACAAUUGGGUUACUCGAGCCAAGUGUCUUAUUUGUCCUGAAAGUGGCGAUGAAGCAUCGUCCGAGGAUGAUCUUUUGGAUGAGCUCCUCAUGGGCUUGGCUUCUGGAAUCCCUGAUCCGAUGCUGAAGAAACUUGCUAAGUGUGCACGAGCCCAAGACGAAGCCAACGUGUGCCGCAACCUACACCGGCUAUUAACACACAAGGAGUUUACACUGCAAGUUCAGAUCAGCUUUACCAAGAUUGACAUCAAGCAUGCCACUAAGCGCCAAGCUCUAGACAAAGUCGCGUGGCCAGUUAUUCGGCUGUCGAACUGGGUGCGGUUUAUUUUGGAAACACAAGGAGGUCAACUUUUGUUGGCCGGCCACUCGACUAGUCAGUGCGACUUAUGGGAGCCUGUUCUGGAACAAUUCUGGAACAAUUAUGAGCAAGUAGACCCGGGACACAUUGUGUUCCAACUGGGCAUUAAUCGCAGACGAGCCCUGCCUUUCCUGCUCCAUGGUGACGAAGGCCGUGGCCGAAUGAAGCAGCCUUUGCUGCUACUGGCUUUUCAGGGAAUUUUCUCCCAUCUCGGUGUGGGCCGACUCAACCAGAGUGGGUGGCUUUGUCAAAAUUAUAUAAUAAUUCACAUAUGGCUAAUUAGAACUUAG